GACACAAUACUCAGUUUUUUAGUAACGAAACUUAUGCAGAGAUGAUAAAAAAGGUGAAAUCAGCGAAAUCAAAAAUGUCCAAUAAAAAACCUGAAGAUUAUCAGCGUUUGCGGAGAUUCGAUGUCAUUACUAUUGGAGAGGCUGAGAAGUUAAUUGUCCCGGUGAAAGAAGACAACACAUUCAGAUUUUACGUGAGUGAAAGCGAAAUAUUUCAGAUUCUACAUGAGACCCAUCUGAAACUUGGACACGGAGGAAGGAACCUUAUGGAGAAAGAGAUAAAUUUGCGCUACAAAAAUAUUACGAGGGAAAUGAUUGUCAUUUAUUUAAAUUUAUGUGGUGAUAACUGCGAAAAGAAAGGUAACAUUUCGAAAAAAGGAUUACUGUGUAGUGUCAAACCUAUACAUGAUAGUAGGGAAAUGAAUUCAAGAUGUCAAGUGGACUUAAUCGACAUGCAGUCACAAGAAGACUGUCCAUAUAAAUUUAUUUUAGUGUACCAAGACCAUCUUACAAAAUUCGUUCAGCUCCGUCCACUUAAGACUAAAAGGGCUGAAGAAGUAGCACAUGCGCUCAUAGACAUUUUUACAAUAUUUGGUGCACCAAAUAUACUACAAAGUGAUAAUGGAAGAGAGUUUGCAACAAAAAUUGCUGAGGAAGCUUGUAGGAUAUGGCCCGAAUUGAAAAUUAUAAAUGGAAAACCAAGGGAAUCUCAAGGCCAAGGAACUUUAAAGAGGGCCUAUCAAGAUAUAGAGAACAUUCUCAGUAUGUGGAUGGAAGUUAACAAUACCAAUAAAUGGUCGGAUGGUUUACGGUUUGUUCAAAUAAUAAAAAACAGAGAGUAUCAUACAGGCAUUAAUGGUAGCCCAUAUGAAGCCAUGUUUGGGAAGAGGUUAAAAAUAGGACUUAAAAGUUCUUCUAUACCAAAUGAGGCUUUGCUCGAUGUUAAUUCUGAAGAAGACUUAGAAAAACUUUUAUCUACAAAUAAUCAAGUAGAGUCCCCUAAAAAAAAACAUGUUGAUUUAGUUAACAAAACUACCCAUUUAUGUUCAUCACUUAUUUUAAAUAAGUCUGGAGAAACUCCAUAUUUAAAUUCAAUAACUAAAGAUGCUAGCCAUAUAAGUUCACCACAUAUUUUUAACAUUAAAUGUGAAAAACCUUCAUAUUUAAAUUCAAUAUCUGAUGAUGCUACCCAUUCAUAUGCACCAACUAUAUUAGAUGUUAAAGAUGAGAAAACUCCAUAUUUAAAUUCAACAUCUGAAAAUGCUACAAAAUUAAGUUCAUCUGUUUCAAAUAUUAAGUGUGAAGAAACUCAAUAUUCCAAUUCAAUGUCUGAAGAUGCUGCCAAUUUAUGUUCUCCAACUAUUUUAAAUAUUAAACAUGAAGAAACUCCAUAUUCAAAUUCCACAUCUGAAGACUUGCCAUCUAUUUCAAAUAUUAAAUGUGAAGUAACUUCAUUUUUCAAUUCAAUGUCUGGAGACGAAAUGCAACGAAAUGACAUGCAUAUUAGAAAAUAGGAUUUCUAUUGUUGUUUUGUUUGUUGAUUUAUACUAGGCUUUUUGUUGAUCUAUGAUGAUUACAUUUCAGAAUAUAGCUGUCACAAAGGAAAUAAAUAAAUAACCAUGCAACUCAUAAGUGCCAUUAACGCAGGUAGCAGUCAUUGAACUAAUCAUGAAUGUGAAUUAUUUAUAAUAAUAAAUAAAGAAAACAGAAGUUUUUUUUACCUUU